UCCUCCUCCUCCUCCUCCUCCUCCUCCUCCUCCCGCAGCCGCCGCCCGGCGCCGCCAUGCCCGGCCCGGCCGCCGGCAGCCGGGCGCGGGUGUACGCCGAGGUGAACAGCCUGAGGAGCCGCGAGUACUGGGACUACGAGGCGCACGUCCCGAGCUGGGGCAAUCAGGACGACUACCAGCUGGUGCGCAAGCUGGGCCGGGGGAAGUACAGCGAGGUCUUCGAGGCCAUCAACAUCACCAACAACGAGAGGGUCGUCGUGAAGAUCCUCAAGCCAGUGAAGAAAAAGAAGAUAAAACGUGAGGUGAAGAUUCUGGAGAAUCUGCGUGGUGGCACCAACAUCAUUAACCUGAUUGACACUGUCAAGGAUCCAGUGUCAAAGACCCCUGCUUUGGUGUUUGAGUACAUCAAUAACACAGAUUUUAAGCAACUGUACCAGAUCCUGACAGACUUUGAUAUUCGGUUUUAUAUGUAUGAGCUGCUGAAGGCCCUGGAUUACUGUCAUAGCAUGGGGAUCAUGCACAGGGAUGUCAAACCCCACAACGUCAUGAUAGACCACCAACAGAAAAAGCUGCGGCUCAUAGACUGGGGUCUGGCAGAAUUCUACCAUCCAGCUCAGGAAUACAAUGUCCGCGUGGCCUCUAGGUACUUCAAAGGACCGGAGCUCCUUGUGGACUACCAAAUGUAUGACUACAGUUUAGACAUGUGGAGUUUAGGCUGUAUGCUGGCAAGCAUGAUCUUCCGAAAGGAGCCUUUCUUCCAUGGGCAGGACAAUUAUGACCAGCUGGUUCGCAUCGCAAAGGUCCUGGGCACAGAUGAACUGUAUGGGUAUCUCAAGAAGUACCACAUAGAACUGGACCCGCACUUCAAUGAUAUCCUGGGCCAGCAUUCCCGGAAGCGCUGGGAGAACUUCAUCCACAGUGAGAACAGACACCUGGUCAGCCCUGAAGUCCUAGACCUGCUGGACAAGCUCCUGCGAUACGACCAUCAACAGAGGCUGACUGCCAAGGAGGCGAUGGAACACCCCUAUUUCUGUGAGUCUGCGGAGAAGCUGGGGCCAGCUGGGCUGGAGAGAGGGUCUUGUGUUGGGGAGGAAGUUUCGGCUCCCCACUCAGCAAAAGCCUUGGCAGAUCCAGUGGUGAAGGAGCAGUCCCAGCCCAGUUCAGAAAACGCUGUGCUCUCCAGUGGCCUGACAACAGCACGAUGAAGACUGGAAAACGACGGGUAAUUCAAGAUGUUUACAAAUAAAAGCAAAACCUUCGGUCACACAGUGAAGGGAAAUGAACCAAGGACCCUUCCCCCCUUCCCUCCCCUUUAUACUCGCAGAAAUCUAACCGUGGGGGGGAGGGUCAUAAACCUCAGUUCCUCUCUGGUGGUUGUGGUUAAUGUAACUCUAACCCUGUGGUACCAAAGCCCUGGGCAAAUGGUCUUGCAAGAGUUAAACAUGUAGUGAUAUCCCCAGGGCUCAACAUGACUGAUUCUGGUUCACAUCUCUAUGGAUCCUUCUCUUCCUUCUCAGUCCAGUCUUUCCCACCAUGCUGGUGGGGACAAAUUGGCCAUUCCACCAUCAGCCCUUAGCAUGCCUCUUUCUAAACAUGCCUUUCUGACUUGUAGACUCUGGGUGAACCAAAUUCAGGCUGGGGGUCAGCAGGUGCAACUCUGCUUUGAGGUCCAAGUCCUACUGCUCACUCUGGGCUUGAAUUUGGCCCUUGAAUUCCAGUUUUAAUUGCAAAUGCCAGGGAGUUAGGGGGGAGAGGGGAGGUUUAACAAAAAAUAAACAACAACAACCCACAAACCCAGCAGCAUCUCAGGAUUGUCUGGAACAUUAAAAACCAAGGCACUGAGCUGAGUUGCUGGGGAGAGGUGAGAUCCCCCCUCCAGGUGUGUUUGACAAAGGCUCACUCUGAAAAGAAACUAAUAGACCUGCUUUGGAAACUUGUGAAUGUGAGGGCUGCUUUUGUGACAGAAGAGGGGAGGGAUUAUCCAGACUUUCCCACUGAGCUCAGGAAAGUCAGAACUCCCAAGACUUCUUGUGAUAGGUGUGCAACCACGUGUACCUCAUGACGUGGCUCCCAUGAGAAUUCGUGCCAGAUGCAGACUUGUGCCAGAGCACAGCUCUGGCACGGUUCAAUCCGGCACCGCAGGACAGAGAAGCAGAAUGGAGGCCUGGGAGGAGAGCACAGGGAGGGGAAGGAUCAGCGAAGAGCGGCGUGGUCUGUUGGGGGAGAGGGCUGUGCAGCUCCUGGUCCGGGACUUGGGAUCCCACAUAGUGUUUUAACAAAGUCAGCCACUUGUUGAAUUCUGGGGUGCCGAUUCUGUUGCGGGGGGUGGGGGGUUCGUCUUGCGGGUUCUUUCAUCAGAUCCCUCGAUGGCUUUAUAGCCCCACGAUUCACAGUUGCCUCCUCUACUUGUUCUGUGUGUAAUUCAUCAAGUGGUUCUGGUGAUGCUCAAACCUAGAAGCUGGAGAUAGUGUUUUCCCACCAGCACCUAAACACAGAAUUUCCUUCUGCGGCAUUGUCGAAAUAGUUAAUUUUUUAUAAGGUUGCAAUGUUUCUAUUUGAAACAUCUGUUUACAUUCCAUAUUCCAAUAAAGUUCUAUUGGCAUCGAUAGCAGGUCAAUCCAUUUGUAUAAUUCACUGAAACCAAUAAAUAUCUAUACGUCUGAA